CAUUAAAUGGUCUUUGAAUUUUGGACUUUACUUUCUUUAUUGCGAGCGUAUGGUUAGCUAAAUUAAUCAGUAGUGCUUUGUUGUUGAUAACGCAAUUACACAUUUUAAGUUCUGCAUUGUAAUUUAAGUUAUUGGAAAAAUGUCUGCAGCAACUAGAGGAAUAUUUAUUGUUGGAGCAAAAAGAACAGCUUUUGGCACAUAUGGUGGCACUCUAAAAAAUCAUAGCUUUUGUGAUCUUCAAGUUGUUGCUUCUAAAGCCGCUUUACAAGAAGCAGGUAUUAAACCUGAUCAAGUAGACUCAGUAGUCAUUGGAAAUGUUAUGGCGUCAUCUUCUUCAGAUGGGGCAUUUAUGCCACGACACGUUUCUCUAAAAUGUGGAAUUCCAAUAAAUGUUCCCGCAUUAGGAGUAAAUAGACUGUGUGGAUCUGGUUUUCAGGCAGUAGUAAACGGAGCCCAGGAUAUAUUAGUAGGAGCCGCGAACAUAGUUCUUACUGGCGGUGCGGAAAGCAUGUCUCAAGCUCCCUUUGUCGUUCGUAAUAUUAGAUUUGGUACAACAUUGGGAGCCCCUUUACAAUUGGAGGAUUCUUUAUGGAUUGGAUUAACCGAUUCUUAUUGUAAAUUACCUAUGGCGCUGACAGCUGAAAACUUGGCAUCUCAAUAUAAAAUACCACGAGAGAAAGUAGAUGAGUUUGCACUACAGUCUCAACAAAAGUGGAAAAAAGCUUUAGAUGAAGGUGUAUUCAAAUCAGAAAUUGCCCCUAUGUCACUAACAAUCAAGAAAAAAGAAGUACAAUUCUGUGUAGAUGAACAUCCAAGACCACAAACAACUCUAGAAAGUUUAUCCAAAUUACCUACAAUUUUCAAGAAAGAUGGCGUUGUCACAGCUGGAUCUGCUUCCGGAAUAUCGGAUGGAGCAGCAGCGAUUGUUUUAGCAUCAGAAGAAUCCUGCAAACAGCAUGGCUUAAAACCUUUGGCAAGAUUGGUUGGAUACUCUACAGUUGGUGUUGAACCUAGCAUAAUGGGUAUCGGACCCGUACCUGCUAUUGAAAACGUUCUGAAAGUUACAGGAAAUAAUAUGCAAGAUAUAGAUUUGUUUGAGAUAAAUGAAGCAUUUGGUGUUCAAACUAUGGCCUGUGCACAGGCUUUAAAUAUGGAUACAUCAAAACUAAAUGUCAACGGAGGAGCAAUUGCUUUAGGCCAUCCUCUUGCAGCUUCGGGAGCCAGGAUAACUGCUCAUUUAGUACAUGAAUUAAGGAGGAAAGGAUUGAAAAAGGCUGUAGGGUCUGCUUGCAUAGGCGGUGGCCAAGGAAUCGCGCUACUUGUAGAAUCGGUCUGAUGAAGCUAACUUUUUUUUAUUUCAUUACAGUUAAUUUUUUAAAUAUUAUUUACUCAGUAUAUAAUAAAUACAUAAUACAAACUGGUUCG